AUGCAAGAAACAGAGGCCAAGCUCCUGGACUUUGGUGGCACUACUGCUUCCAUGUUCAAGCUUAAGUUGGGGAGUGAACAAGGCAAAAAUAUUAAAGGAAUAACCAGUUAUCCAAUGGAUUUGAGCUCUGCUUUCUUGAAUGGAGCACCAGAAAUAGAAGGUGUGAAGCUAGCCAAGCAGAAGCAGAAAGCUGAAGUGAAGCGGAAGGCAACACCUGUGGUGGGAGACAUGCAGCCACUGAUGGAAGCCCUUCCUGAGCUCUUUGACCUGACCACAGGUGGCAGGGACAAGAAGACACCCAAGAGGUAUGUGACAACAAAGGCGGAACCAACAGACUUCUGUGUCAUGAAACAAGCUCAGAAACACAGGCUUUUACAGGAGGAGAUGGCUCGAUUUCAUGAGGUCAUUACGAACCCCAAGUACAAGGCCAACCCACUCAUGGCCAUUAGUGAGCAUCUCUCCAAGAGGCUGAGGCAGGAGGAGGAGGAAGGUAAACCCUUCUAGGG